AUUCUUAUGAGAUUUUGGAUCUUGGGUUUUUAUAGGUUUGUAACUUCUCAUCUAGGAGUACUCUGCAGAGAGAGAGCUCAGCAACCUUAAUUUCAGGAAUGUAAAUAUAUACACAUACAGAAAGAUGGCAGGUGGCGGAGAACCAGCUCCACACCCACCUAAAGACCAGCUUCCUAAUGUUUCUUACUGUAUCACCAGUCCUCCACCAUGGCCGGAGGCUAUACUUCUUGGAUUCCAGCAUUUUAUAGUAAUGCUUGCUACGACAGUUAUAAUUCCAAGUGCUCUUGUUCCACAAAUGGGGGGAAGAAACGAGGAGAAAGCCAAAGUUGUCCAAACAUUACUUCUUGUAGCUGGGUUAAACACAUUACUACAAACUACAUUUGGGACAAGAUUACCAGCUGUAAUUGGAGGCUCGUACACCUUUGUUGCACCAACUAUAUCAAUUAUUCUGUCUGGUAGAUGGAGUGACCAAGAUCCAGUAGCGAGAUUUAAGAAGAUAAUGCGGGCUGUCCAAGGUGCACUUAUAAUUGCCUCGACGAUUCAAAUAGUCCUGGGAUUUAGUGGUCUUUGGCGUAAUGUUACAAGGUUUUUGAGUCCACUGUCAGCUGUUCCCUUGGUUGCUCUUACUGGUUUUGGGCUGUAUGAGUUUGGGUUCCCUGGUGUUGCCAAAUGUGUUGAAAUUGGAUUGCCGGAGCUUAUCAUUUUAAUUGUAUUUUCUCAGUAUUUGCCUCAUGUUAUAAAACCGGGAAAACACAUUUUUGAUCGUUUUGCUGUUUUAUUCUCAGUGGUGAUUGUAUGGAUAUAUGCUCACCUACUUACCGUUGGUGGAGCCUAUAAUGGCACGUCACCAAGUACACAAACAAGCUGUCGUACUGAUCGUGCUGGACUUAUUGGUGGAGCUCCAUGGAUAAGUGUUCCCUAUCCAUUUCAGUGGGGAUCCCCUUCAUUUGAUGCGGGUGAAGCUUUUGCCAUGAUGAUGGCUACAUUUGUUGCUCUUGUAGAGUCCACUGGUGGCUUUAUUGCAGUAGCACGAUAUGCAAGUGCAACUCACUUGCCCCCUUCUAUUCUUAGUCGUGGUGUCGGUUGGCAGGGAAUUGGAAUUCUGUUGUCAGGGAUUUUUGGGACUGGUAAUGGAUCUUCAGUAUCCAUUGAAAAUGCUGGUCUUUUAGCAUUAACUCAGGUGGGAAGUCGAAGAGUUGUACAGAUCGCUGCUUGCUUUAUGAUCUUCUUUUCCAUCCUGGGAAAGUUUGGGGCAGUAUUCGCUUCUAUUCCGUCACCGAUCUUUGCUGCAUUGUAUUGUCUUUUCUUUGCUUAUGUUGGUGGAGUGGGUUUGAGUUUCCUUCAAUUCUGUAACCUGAACAGUUUCAGAACAAAAUUCGUACUUGGAUUCUCAAUAUUUUUGGGACUUUCAAUCGCCCAAUACUUCAACGAGUACACAGCAAUAAAGGGCUAUGGCCCUGUUAACACGACUGGGAGAUGGUUCAAUGACAUUGUAAACGUCCCAUUUCAGUCUGAAGCUUUCGUUGCUGGCAUCGUAGCAUAUUUCCUGGAUAACACCUUACAUAAAAAGGAUAGUUCGAUCAGAAAAGACAGAGGUAAACACUGGUGGGACAAGUUCCGGUCCUAUAAGACUGAUGUACGAAGUGAGGAAUUCUAUUCAUUGCCCUUCAAUCUCAACAAGUAUUUCCCGUCUGUGUGAUGCGCAUUAUAACUACUGAAAUGAUGCGCAUUAUAACUACUGAUACGAUGUUGCCACGUGGUUCCUGGAGUCAUACUUAUCUGAUGCACACUUAUUGUUCCUUAAUAGCUUAAAAUUGAUGUAUCUAAACAUUGUAACUUAGUACGGAUAUUGAUGCUAUGUGAUUAACAAAUUUGUUUAUUGAUUUAA